AUGUCUUUCGUACAAGCGUUAAAACGUUUGAUUACGACAAAUGAUACGUCAUCUACUAGUGGAACAACAGUUAAUGAAAGUAAUCAAACGACAACAGAUAACGUAACAAAUAUGAAUCAUCCAACCGUUAAUUCAAAUGGAUCAAAUUCAGCAAUGUCAACAUCGAAGUCGAACGAAAACUUCAAACCGCUCAGUCAAGGACUACAGAAAAAAUAUGCUCGAGGUGUACAAUAUAAUAUGAAAUUAGUUAUACGUGGUGAAUGUAAUACAGGCAAAUCAGUUUUAUGGUCUCGCUUACAAGGUUAUCAAUUUAUAGAAGAUUACAUUCCAUCCGAUGAAAUUCGUGUUGCAACAAUAAAUUGGUCAUCGCGUGUAUGUGAAGAUGCAAUUAUUAAGGUUGAAGUCUGGGAUGUUGUCGAUAAAUCACGAAAAAAACGACGUCCCAUUAAUCCAUCGCUUAAAUUGUCAAAUUCAAUAAAUGUUUCUGUUGCUGAAGUUUCACUUGAUGCUGAAUUUCUCGAUGUUUAUAAAAGUACAGCUGGCGUUUUAUUUAUCUAUGAUAUAACAAAACCGUGGACAUGGGAUUAUAUUGAAAGAGAAAUUGUUAAAGUACCAGCACACAUUCCAAUAUUAAUUAUUGGAAAUCAAUUAGAUAUGAAUCAUCAUCGAAAAGUAUCAACCGAUAAAUGCCUCAAUUUUAUUGAAAAUCUAAAUAGAGGUACGAUGGGUUCAGUGGUUCGCUAUUGUGAAAGUUCCAUGCGUAACGGAUUUGGUCUAAAAUAUAUUUAUCAAUUUUUAAAUAUUCCAUUUUUACAAUUGCAACGUGAAUGUCUACUUCAACAAUUACAAGUUAAUGCACGUGAUAUGGAUGCAUCACUAGAAGAAAUCGAUGCAUACGCUCGUAGUGAUGAACAUAAUUAUGAUUCCUUUAUUGAAAUGCUUGCUAAUAAACGUCGUACAAAACAAGAGGCACUUGCUGGUGAUGCAUUCAGUAAAGCGAAACCAUUGGAAGAAGCAAAACGUCUGCAUGAUGAAGCACUUCAAACAGCAGCAUCAGCUGAACAACAACAACAAGCGAAAUCUUCGUCAUUAAAUACAAUAGUGCAAGCUAUUAAAAAAACAACUGACACAACACCAGCAACAAUCAAACCCACGCCAACAACAAAACAAAAGCCACCUAUCGUUGCUGUUCAACCCAUUGUUCAGCAAGCAGUUGCAAAACCAAUUAUUCGAAAUGAACCUAAUCAUAGUGUUAUUGAAAAACAUCAUCCAUCGGAUGACUAUACAGAAGCUCAUUUAUCAAAUCCGUUAGUAGCAUCAACUGUUGAUGAUUUUAUACCUGAUGAUAAUGACUAUGAAACAUUUCUUGUCGAUGAUAAUACUCCAUCUCAACAACAACAACAACAACAACAUAUAUCGAUUGAUUCAUUGACUAAAUUUUCAACAUCAAAACUUUCUACAACUGAUGACGAAAAUGAAUUUAUAGUAAAUCCAAUGGUUAAAGGAUUUCGUGAACAAUUAGAUUCUGAUGAUGAACAACAACAGUCAACAAUUAUUACUAAUCAGUCAACCGAAUAUGAAAAACCAGAAUAUGAACCAGAAUCACCAGCAGCCAACAUUAUUACUCAACCAGUAUCACCUCCAAUCUACCAUCAAAUCACAUCAUCAGAUCUUGAUUUUCUCGACCAAUUAUCCGCAUCAAAACCACAACAAUCUUACAUUGAACCACAUACACCUGAUUCCCAAAGCAUUCAUAGUGAUUCAGCAUCAACAAAAGCAAAGAAAAAGAAAACAACAACAAAACCGAAAAAAGACACUAAUAUUUCAACAACUGACACAAUCAAAGUGAAGAAGAAGAAAAAAUCUACCGCACUUAAAACAAAUAAUUCUGCUACUACUGAAUCACCGAUUCCAAACACUAAUGAUGAUGACGAUCUCGAAUCAUUUCUUGCUGAUAAUUCGACGGGCAAAAAACAGGAUCCUGAUUAUGAAAAUGUUUAA